CUAGUUGGGGAGGCAUCUCAGAAGUGAGGCCAGCACAGACUGAGGUGGUCCCAGAGUGGAAUUGUGCCCAGGGAGGGAACCCCACAGUGAGGCCCUAGAUUUGGUCGGGGGGCACCCCCCAUGGGGGAAGCCUCUCCCUGGUGGUCGCUGGAGCCAUGCUGUCCCGCAAGGGCAUCAUCCCUGAGGAGUAUGUGCUGACACGGCUAGCAGAGGACCCUGCAGAACCCCGGUACCGUGCCCGUGAGCGGAGGGCCCGCUUCGUGUCCAAGAACGGCAACUGCAACGUGGCCCACAAGAACAUCCGGGAGCAGGGCCGCUUCCUGCAGGACGUGUUCACCACGCUGGUGGACCUCAAGUGGCCGCACACAUUGCUCAUCUUCACCAUGUCCUUCCUGUGCAGCUGGCUGCUCUUCGCCAUGGCAUGGUGGCUCAUCGCCUUUGCCCACGGCGACCUGGCCCCUGAUGAGGGCUCCGCUGUGCCCUGUGUCACCAGCAUCCACUCCUUUUCAUCCGCCUUCCUUUUCUCCAUUGAGGUCCAGGUGACCAUUGGUUUUGGCGGGCGCAUGGUGACCGAGGAGUGCCCGCUGGCCAUCCUAAUCCUCAUUGUGCAGAACAUCGUGGGGCUCAUGAUCAACGCCAUCAUGCUGGGCUGCAUCUUCAUGAAGACUGCUCAGGCCCACCGGCGGGCCGAGACCCUCAUCUUCAGCAAGCAUGCAGUCAUCGCCUUGCGCCACAGCCGCCUCUGCUUCAUGCUGCGUGUGGGCGACCUCCGAAAGAGCAUGAUCAUCAGUGCCACCAUCCGCAUGCAGGUGGUGCGCAAGACCACCAGCCCCGAGGGCGAGGUGGUGCCCCUCCACCAGGUGGAAAUCCCCAUGGAGAACGGCGUGGGUGGCAACAGCAUCUUCCUGGUGGCUCCCCUCAUCAUCUACCACGCCAUUGAUGCCAACAGUCCACUCUAUGACCUGGCGCCCAGUGACCUGCACCACCAUCAGGACCUUGAGAUCAUCGUCAUCCUGGAAGGCGUGGUGGAAACCACGGGCAUCACCACCCAGGCCCGCACCUCCUACCUAGCUGACGAGAUCCUGUGGGGCCAGCGCUUUGUCCCCAUUGUGGCCGAGGAGGACGGCCGCUACUCUGUGGACUACUCCAAGUUUGGCAACACCAUCAAAGUGCCCACACCACUCUGCACAGCCCGCCAGCUUGAUGAGGACCACAGCCUGCUGGACGCCCUGACCCUCGCUUCUGCCCGUGGGCCCCUGCGCAAGCGCAGCGUGGCUGUGGCCAAGGCCAAGCCCAAGUUUAGCAUCUCUCCGGAUUCCCUGUCCUGA